AUGUCCGGCGCGCUGUCCAAGAUAUCCAAAAAGUACAACAAGAAGGAGAUCUUCGCCCUCAAGGCGGUGUUCGACGAGGCUGACGCCGACGGCAGCGGGGAGAUCGAUUCGUCCGAGCUGCGAAGGGCUCUGAGCAAGAGCUCGCUCAGCGCCGCGGCGGUGGACAUGUUCAAGGCGCUGGACAAGGACGGGAGCAAGCGCAUCGGCUUCGACGAGUAUCUCAAGGCGUACUACAAGUUCGCAUCGCCGGCGGAGAUCAAGGAGCUCAUGCUGUGGGUGUACCCGCCCAAGGAGGAGGAGGUGGUCGAGCAGCGCAAGCUGAGCGACGCGCAAAAGGCGGAGAUCAAGUCCAUAUUCGUCCUCUACGACGCAAACAACAACGGCUUACUGGAGAAGAAGGAGCUGUUCGAGGCGCUCACCGCGAGCGGGUACGACGACGAGGAGAUCGAGGAGAUGUUCGAGGAGUACGACCAAGACGGGUCGCACGCCAUAGACUUCGACGAGUUCUGCGCGAUGCUCGAGUCCUCCUACCUCGACUCGUGA